AUGGAGGCGAUGGUGAAGAAGUACCAACAGAGGUUCCGGAAGGUGAAGGACGAGAUGGACACCUGGGCCCACCUUCAAUCCCUCCUCAUUUCACAGUUCCGGAGCGUCUCCUCCAUCAUCCUCAGGCUCCAGGUGCUUCAAGACUCACACAACUACGGUGGCGGCUUGCGUGGAGUUGCCCACAUUCAAGAGGCCGUCCUGCUCAAGCAGAUGGAGUCCUUGCAAAAGCUCCUGCUUUCUAUGAACAAUACCGUGGAACAGUUUCAUGGUAUUGUGUUGUCUCUUGGGAGGAUUCAUCGUGACGCUAGGCAGAUGAUUAGAGGUGGUUCUAGUCAGCUCAGUGUCAAACAACUGCAGCAGCGAGUUGGUGUGAAGCCGAGUCUAGCAGAUUGCCUAGAUGGGCUCAUGCUUAUUCAGGACAUGCAUUGCUCUGAGUACCUUUUAAAGUCAUCAUUGGUUUCAGCACUAUCAGAACUUACUUUGAAACCCAGCGCCAGUGAUCUGGGUUCCCUCCAGAAAAUCUUGAUUGAUCAGCCCAACAUCCCCAAGGAGGAAGUUCAGUUCAUCUUUGAUAUCAUAUUCGCUGAAGAAAUUUGUUGAUCCUUUUUGUGAAAUGAACUACGAAUUUUCCCUGCUCAGAAAAUGAGAACCAUUUUGAAAGCAGGAACGUCUAGGUUUCAAAGAACGGUGAAGAAAGUUCUUCUCGGGUCCUUCCGUUCUGGCAGUUGUGCUACUGAGACUUCGAAAGGUGCUAUCGACUUUCAUUUCUGGAAACCCGCUCAUGACGAAGAUGAGAAAUCAUGAAAAAUCAAAUGUACCUGUUAGAUUUAGUGUCAAUGCAUAUUGCUGGAGAAGGGGAUUUUGAUGUGGUUUGUUUUCACUCUGGUGAGUAGGGAGUGUUGAUACUCUUCCAUUCUUCAUCAGAGUCCAAAUCACUUUGACAAAUAGAGGUUUCCAUUCAAUGAAAUUAUACUCGAUU